UAAAUUGUCCAAUAAGAAAGCAGCAGAGAGCAAAGGGAAGAAGAAGCUUCCCGCUCUGAGCUACAGCGCCACCCGACUGCACGAGAAAGGAGUUCUGUUGGAGAUCGAGGACCUGCCGGCGACACAGUUUAAGAACGUCGUCUUCGACAUCGUUCCUGGACCUGAGAAAGGAACUUUCAACGUCAAAGCUCGAUUCCUCGGCGUCGAGAUGGAAGAAUUCCUGCUCAAAUAUCAGGACCUGCUGCAGCUGCAGUAUGAAGGUGUGGCGGUGAUGAAGAUGUUCGACAAGGCAAAGGUCAACGUCAACCUGCUCAUUUUCCUCCUCAACAAGAAGUUCUUCAAGAAAUGAACCAAGUGAUGCUCUUACAUUACAAUCCUAUCUCUACUCACUACAGCAUUUUUUAUAUGUGCCUAUAUUCAACAGAGUGAGGCAUCUUCUCUACACUCCCAUCUCUGCUCAGAUAUCUACUACACUGUCUUUACAACUUUUUACACGUUUUUUUAAACGUUCACUACAGUGCACAGAGUGAAGCAUCAUGUUUUUUAAAAAUCUCAUUGCUAACCAAUCAAAUAAGCUUUAUUGACGCGUACAUUAUUGCCAAAGCGCGGUUACAUAUUAUUGCAUUGUUACAUUUUAACAAGAUAACAAAAAAGAAAAAUAAUCAUAAGAAGUGUUUAGGGUUGGACAUCUUCUUUACACUCCUAUCUCUGUUUUUAUAUCCCACUACAACAUGGGUUUCUAUAUCCCACUGUGUAGUUCAGAGUGAAGCUUCUUUACCGAAUCUCCGCCUUUGAAUCCUCACGUCUGUGUUUUGAUCUCACUCGAAUCAAACAGAGUGGGACACCUUCUCUACAGUCCAAUAAGUUGCUAUGAGAUCUAUUAUUAUAUCAGAGUGAGGCAUCUGUUCAUUCCUAUCUCUGUAUCUCACUCACUCCUGUGUUUAUAUGAGACUACAAUUUAAACAAAGCAGAGCGUCUUCCCUUUGCGCAUAUCUCUGUUUUCUUGACGGAGGAUUUUGUUAAUAAAUACAAACACAAGAAGCCCAAUUAAACUUAUUAAGAUGCACACAAAAUCAUCAGUUAAGGAUUUUAAAAAUGCUAUUAACUACAAAAAAACAAAUUUUAUUUUGAGGGAAUUUAUUUUCUUUGAGGCCACAAAUCAUUAAUCUGAUGCAGCAGAAUCAUCAUGGCACCGGCGGGACGCCUCAGAGAGCUUUGUGGACGGGACUUUUGUCAGUUUUGGCAGAUUUCAUCGGUCACUGAAGUCUGCCUGUAGUUUUUAGUUUCAGCUCAAACAUCAAAAUCAUUUUAGAAGAUAAACUGGAUUGUAAGCGAGCUGCUCUGACACCUACCUGACUGUUGACAAUAACUGAUGACUGAUCG